GUUGGUAUGUGUAGUACUAUUAAUCCGUUUAAAUUAAAUCUCAAAUAUUACAAUCACCCCCACUUAGGAAUACAACGUCCUCGUUGAGCCCAUAAACCAAUCUCAAUCAUAUCCCAGAAUUUUUUCCCCUGCUAAGUGCCCGCCCGAUAUCCAACGGAUCAGCACACUGUCGCAGGGUUGCUUUGAUACCAUUUGUAACGCCCCGACCCCGUAGGCCCCGAGGUAGUUACUUUUAACCUCUAGUACUAGCCUCACAAACCGCCACUAGCCUUUUCCGCACACUUUGUCCUCACUCGUGCGCGCCCUGAGAAACUUCCCAGGGGGUCACCCAUCCCAAGACUACUCCCGUGCAAGCACGCUUAACUUUGGAGUUCUUGGCUAAUGAGCUCCCUUAAAAGGAGAUGCACCUUGUUGGUAUGAGUAGUACUAUUAAUCCGUUUAAAUUAAAUCUCAAGUAUUACAGGCGAAGACUGGGGAUACCCUGGCGGAUAGAAAGAAGUUCGAGAGGGCCCUCCGGAUAAAUUCUAUCUCCGCACCUCCCGCCAAAAAACAUAAGGCCGAACCCAUCACAUUCGGGACAGUGGAUCUACCGCCAUCACCGGCGCCGCACAGGGAUGAGUUGGUAAUCAGCAUGGAUAUCCGGGAGUGGAUAAUCCAGCGAGUCCUGGUUGACACAGGAAGCAGUGUCAAUGUCCUCUACUGGGAAGUAUUCGAGAAGAUGCAUCUGAGCAGGGCCGAUCUGAGCCCCCUACGGACACCCCUGGCUGGUUUCACCGGCCACAGCAUCGAUGCAGAAGGGAUGAUCAUCCUGCUGGUCACAACUGGGAAAAAAUAUGAAGAGGGAGAAACUCUCCCAUCUCUCUGAAAAAAUUCCAGUCAACUCCUAACUCCGUUCAUGGAAAUCUGGCAACCUCAAUGCCGGCAAAAGCUUUUUUACGAUGAUAAUGUUCCUACAAACAACUUUUGGAAUAUUCCAGCUAGGAAUCCACAACAAGAAUUCUGGAAUCAACACUAUCACACCAGGCUUUUGAGCGGUAGACGCACAAGGAAAGGACUGUCCAGAAUGUGUAUCCCUUUCAAUCAAUACCAUGAGCCGUUAAUUUGGGGCAACACCAGCCAACAGCCACAUCGGAGAAUAUGGUCACCUGAGCUUCACUCCAGCUCAACCUCUUUUCAGCCGACUAUCUGUAAGUUUUCAGGCCAUCAGCGAACUAAACACUUGAAUACACGCACGAGCAGUAGUUAUCCUUUUCAUUGCUGCACUCAUGAACACUCCAGGCGGAGGAUUUGGUCACCUGAGCUUCACUACAGCUCAAACCCUGUUCAGCCACACACCACCAGUAGUUACCCUUUUGAUUACUGGGCUCCUGAACACACCAAGCCACGACCAGUACGCAGAAGCUGGACUCAUGCGUAUCACCCAAGAGCUAACACACACAAUUUUUGGUAUCCCCCUGGCCGCCUUGUAGCUACAAAGAACUUCAUGAGGGAUCGAAGGUACGCUCUUCAGCGCCCCCCGGUCCAGCCACCCCUACAACAUCCCCAAAUCGAAGAAGACGGUUGGAGUUUGGUUAAAUACAAGGGAAGAAGAAGCCCACACGUUCCAUUGUUGAGUCUCCCGACACCUCUGCAGAAGAAAGGUGGAACAGGUAGCGCUAAUCGCUACCAGAGUUUACGAGGAGAAGAUGAAAUCCCCUGUUCCCAACCCUCUGAUUCUGAGGUCGAAUCAGAGUCCAAUUUCCUUGAUACUCAGAAAUUUUGUGUGAUUUCAAAUACCAUCACUGAGCGUCGAACCAAGAGUGAGCCCAAGAAAUCGACUGUUAAAGACCUCGGUGCUCUAAGACGACGGCCGGAAAAUUCGUCGGUACCUCCGUUAGACUCAUCUCUAGGACCACCGGCUAUCAUCCCAACAACCGACAACCUGCUAGAGGAUAACAAUCGACUGACUGGCAAAGCAAAAAUCACAUGGGCCGAUCUACUCAAGGGAAGCUCUACAGACAACAUGGACAGGAGGGGUGGCCCAGAUAUUUUCCCCAAUAAUCCCCCUUUUGCUGUAAGACUUUGGGUUAAAAAAAUUGGACAAUAAAGAUAGGUCCAUAACGAUUGUGAACGACGGAGCAGAUGAGCAAAUCUAUGAAAGUGAAAAAUACUCCUUUGGAGAAAAUGGGUUUGGCUCGGUCAAAAUAGGUUCCACAAUUUUUAAAUUUGCAGUUCGAGAGAGAGAUCUGGUCCUCUUCCAAUUAAAAAAACUCUCCUACACAAAAUUCAUCUCAGAAUUGAUCUUGUCGCAGAAAUCAUCCGAUUCAUCUCUGAGCUCGCAAAUACGGCUCAAGAAAAGACCACAAAGAGAUUUGGAGAUCUUACGAUUUCUAUGGAAAUUAACAGAGUGGGCUAUUAUAUAAAAAUGGAGAAAUUCAAGGGGAGCUUCAUUCAAAUACCCAUGGGACACCUUAACUCGAGUCUAUCUUUAUUCCUUAAUAUUUUAUCUAAUUUUGUAGGGUUCUCAAAGUCAGUGCAGGAUGAUUCAUUUUCUCUUCAACACGGGAGGGUAAUAGAAAGUGAGGAUUCCACCGCAAUUUCAAAACUGAUUUUUAGUUAUCAGAUCCAGGGAAGAGAUAUUGAAAAUACCCAUGUGCACUCAUCUAGGAAACAACCACAGCUAUCAUUGAUCCAGGCUUACUCAGAUGCAUCUGACGAUUUUGAUUAUUCUGAUGACUCAUUCUAUAGAGAUGACUUCUUGGGACAUACAACAGAAAGUGAUCGUCGUCUUCCUAUCUCCUUCCCAGAAGAAAUUAAAAAAUCCAAAUUCAAUACUGCGAUCUGCAACAAAGCUAAUUUCAUAACCUCAAAAAAUUGUCUGUCAACCGACAACCUGAACACGCAGCUCAAAAUCUACAGGAAAUCUCAAAAGAACAAAAGGCGCCACAACAUGAAAACUAGGUCGCAAUCCUGAGAUUUCCCAUGGGAUUAGCUCUUUUUUUAGUUUUGUUUCGCGUUCUUUUAGUUCUUUUCCUUCUUUUCUUUCAUGUACUUUUAUUUUAGUUUUCCUUCACGCACUGUACUCCUUUUUAUUUCAAUAAAAU